GAUGGCCGACACUCUACUGCUAGAUUACUGUGUGUCACGUCAACUAUUAAAUUCCUUUUCGGGAAUUUAGUUUUUAAAAUAACGUGUGUUUGUCAUAACGACAGCUAAAUUAAUAUCUAGUAUUAUAUAAAUUUAUUCGUGAAAAUGAUCUAAGUCAAUCGAACAAUUAUGAAUUGUCAUCAAAUAUUAAGCGGAGCUUGCAAUGCAGGUGAUCGUUGCUUUGCUGUCGGCUCUGUUGAAGGAAUAUCAUUUACCGCUUACGCUGCUGGAUGUAACAUUGUGAUUCUCGCUAGUAAUUUUGAGCGUGUUCAAAUUAUUCCUGGUGCUGUGCAUAAUUACAUACGAAUAAGUUGUUUGGAUUGUAGCACCGAUACAGGAAAAAUUGCAGCUGCUUACGAAAAUCAAGUUUGCAUUUUUGAGCCAACACCGUUAAUUCACAGCACUUGCUCUCACCAAUUGGAAUAUCGAUGGGUACAAACGGGUUCUCUUCAAACGGAAUCAAAUAUCACUUCUCUAUCAUGGAAUUUAGAGGGCACUCGUCUUUUAACUGGUGGAGAACUCUUACAACUUUGGCAUCAAAAUAUUCUUCCUUUCCAAGAGGAACAACCUAGCGCCGUGACAUUUUCCAUCGGCGGUGAAGCAGAGAGUCCAGGACCUGGUGAUACGGGACCAACCAACGACGUUGGAACAUGGAAUUGUGUGUGGAAAUGUCGUACGGCGACUCCGGUACAUCUAAUGACUUUUAGUCCCGAUGGUACACUUUUUGCAACAACAGGAAUGAACGACAGACUUGUGAAAAUUUGGUUCGAGAAUAAACAACUGUUCCCAUCAAAGAGUAUUGAUCACUCGUCGUUUAAUCUGACAGUCAAUGAUAGUUAUAGUUUCGUUUACGUUGCUCAUCCUCGUGCUGUCACUCACAUUUCAUGGCGAAAAACUAGUAAAUACAUGCCAAAGGGAUCAGUUUCAAAUAUGUUAGUUACUUCCUGUCGUGAUAAUAUUUGCCGAGUUUGGACAGAGACGAUACCACCGGAAAUUGAAGGCUUAGCCAAUAUGAGUCAAUUUGAAGGCAGUGAUAGACAUGGACAUCAUGGAAAAAAUCGUCAUCAUAAUAUGCAUAAACACAGGUUUAUGCAACGCCUUAAACACAUGAAAACGUGUUUUCAUAUUCGUCGUCAUGCAAAACAACAACAACACCAGGCAGGACACACUGCCCCAACUCUUCCGACAUUACCGUCAACGUAUUCAGUUCAUGAUUUUCAUAAUAAUUAUCAAACAUCAGCGCACUAUCCUGGAAUGCAUUUUCAUCUUGCCGCAAGCAUUAAUGCUGAAACAGAUAUUCCACUUGUACCAAGUUUAAUUACCGGUGAUCCUGAUCGAGAACCGAAUUUCAUUUUACAUUGGUUGAAUAAUAAGGAAAUGCAUUUUACAAUGCAGGCGGAAAAUAUUUUACAGGAAUUGACGCGGAAAGUCGUGGAAAAGGAGGAAGGUAUGCAAAAUCAGGAAGUAGAACAAACGGAACACGAUUCAGAAGACGAGCAUACACCAAAGAAAGGCACUAAACAUCAAUCCAGUCAAAAAACAAAUGUUGUUGGUGGACGAGCGAUGAGUCAAGAGGAUCACAGUAGCGAUGAACAUCAUACGGCACAUACAACAUCGUCCCAUCCUAGUCUUCCUCACAGUGCCCAUUCUCACCAAAGCCUUAGUAAUACAACAUCAAUUAAUUCAAUAGCAACGGAUGCAACAUCGUCAAUGAAUCAUGCACCCGAUUCUUUGGAUACAAAAAUUGAAACACUACUUCGCGAUUGGCAUCACAAUCCCGAUCUUUUAUUUUCAAUUCAUCCAAUUGAUGGUUCAUUUUUAAUUUGGCAUAUUGAAUGGUUAGAUGAAUAUCAUCCAGGAUCAUUUCGUCAGGCACAAAUAUCAUUUUCCACACGUAUUCCAAAUGCUUUUCCAUUGGGCGAUGCAUCAACAAUGAGUCACAAUGUAUCAAUGUAUUCGCACAAUACAGGUGGUCCAUUGUUAAGUAUUCGUGAAGUUGCAAAAUCAUCGACAAGACAUUCAGAAACAAAUGAAGUGACAACACCAUUGCCAAGUCUCAUUGAACAAGACGAGGAACAAUCGACACUAACAUCAAAAGCUGGACAGGAAUUAAUGAAAAAUGUACAAAAUUUUUCAAUAAAUCAAGAAACAAUACAAGAGAAUGGCACUACGACAACAAUGGAAAAUGGAAAAUCAACACAAGAUAAUGUCAACGAUAUAUUAACACAACCAAGUCCAAUUGUUUCAAUGGUAUCAAAACAUGAGAAUGGAACAUUAAAUCUUUGGCAAUUGACAUUUGCCGAUAAGACAAAAUUUUCACAAGUAUUAAGUAUUGGUCAUGCUUGUCGUGCAUCGGGUCAUCGUUUUCGUGUCAAUGAUAUUACUUGUCAUCCGGUAUUGCCACUAUUAGUGACAACAUCACAUCAUAAUGUUGCAUUACCUGAUUUUCCAAAUGUUGAUCAACAGCACAAUGAAGCUGAAUCAAUUGAGACAAUUAUCAAUAAAGAAGAUAAGGAUAUAAUGUCACCUACUGGAUUUUGCAGUGAAUUAAUACUUUGGCGUGUUGAUGCUGUGGGUCCAUUAUCAAAAAGUGGCGGUGUUUCUGAAUUGGCGCGCAUUAAUUCACCGGAAAUAUCGGCAUUCAGUAAUGUCGCCUGGAUACCAACACUUCUUCCUAGUACAACAUUGGGAAAUUUGUCAAAUUCACCGAGUGCAUGUUUUGUCGCAAGUGACGGUGAAUCAUUACGUGUUUAUCAAGCUGUCAUUGAUGCACGAACAUUAUUGGCUGAAGUUUCAAUUAGUGAGAGACGAAGUCGAAUGAUGGAUUCAAUGGCAAGUUUAUCGACUGAUAUUUCAUCUGAUGAUGGUAUUCGACAUUCAAUACAUGAUCGUAUUAAAAUUGUUUCACAACAAUCGACAGCGCGACCUGGUUGUGUUAUUCAAUUGGAUGCAAUUUCUGAUGCGACACAUGAUUGGCAGAAUACCCAAUUUCUUCAUGUUUUUCAAGAGCAAUUAAUAACUGGCGAGAGAAAUGAUGAGAAAUUACCUGGUCUUGAUACGACAAUUAAUGAUUUGGGUUUAAUGGAAUCGACACUCGAUGCAAUGGUGGAUUUACAACAAUCGGCAGUAUUUGAGGAGCCGUUUUAUAUUGUUGUCUUGGAAAGGACACAAAGAGGAACGACUGUUCAUAUGUGGCGAUUGGUAAUUGCAUCGCAGCCAGAAUCAAAUGGUUUAUCAGAAUCAAUGAUGUACGUACCAGAUUCCCAGUUGGUCCAGGACGAAGAUGAUGAAGGUACACCAGGACGAUAUAGUCACGCCGAUGGACGUAGAUCACGACGACCAAGUCAAAGUGGAAAUCGAAGUCGUCGCGAGAGUCAAGCCGAUUAUGAUUCAACAUUUUUUCAUCGACGACAUCACAAUAGUCAUGUACUGAUAACAACAACAAAAGUUUGUACACAAGAUUUACCCUUACCAGAUGGUGUUGAAGUUGUUCAUGCAGCACCAGCCGCUGGACAUUUGAGUAGUUCAUCAAUUUAUCCCGCUUGUUUUGCGCCCUAUAUCGUUGUAACAGCGUGCAGUGAUAGUACAGUGAGAUUUUGGAAGUGUAAAGUGACAAAAGUAGGUGAGGAAAAUCAAUUAAAUUAUGAAUGGUGUGAAUGGGAAAUGAUACGCAAGGAUAAAGAAUCAACGAUUGAUAUUACGGGACAACCAUUAAAUAUCAGCGCUGCUUAUAGUGGUAGAAUUGCGUGUGCCUAUAAAUAUGGAAAAUCAUUUACACGACCAACAAAAAGUGAUCCAGAUUCACGUUAUGUGAAUCUUUGUGUUGCAAUUUAUGAAUGUGAAAGUACAGGUGGUAGUGAAUGGAUAUUAGAGGAUACAAUUCAUUUGAAGAAUAUUCAUUUACCGAGAAUUCAGGUUGAUCAACAUUUGGAUUUGAGUUAUUUAUAUGAUAGUAGAUUUUUACAAAAGAAACAAAGAUUAACGCAAGUUUUACAAACAUUGAGUCAUGAGGAUGUGAGAUCGCCAAGAAAUGGUGAGAAUGGUGAUAGUACAAAAGCUGGACUAUUGGCUGUACCAUCGUUUAGUACAUUGCAAUCGUUGAGAAAAUCAAUAAUUGAAAAUGGAAAUACAUGUCCAUUGACACAAAAGCAUUUAGUACAACUUGAUUGGGUUUCAAAAGAGGAUGGAUCACAUAUAUUGACUGUUGGUGUUGGUUCAAAAGUAAUGUUAUUCACGCCAGUUUGUUCAGAUCUUGCUCAAGCUAAUAUGAAAGCAAUGAAAGAAUCACAGGGUACAAAUCGACCGAUAUUACGUAAAACAUCAUCGCUUGCACAACCACAAUUUGUUGAUGAGAUACGAUGGAUGAAAUUAAGAAAAAUUGAAUUAACAACAGCCGAUGGUUUACCACCAUUACCAAUGCAAAUAUCAUGGGUUAGAGAUGGUAUUUUAGUUGUUGGAAUGGAUUCAGAGAUGCAUGUCUAUUCACAAUGGAAACCAAAUCCAAAGAAUGAUUGUUUUCAUUCGGGAUUACAACAUCAAGAAUCGGAUGAAUUUCAAGCGAGUCGAAAUUUACGCGAUGAAGAUUUACGAACAUUGGCUAAUGAAACAUCACAGAGACGAUUGGCAAAUGUAUCAUCGAUGACACAUUUAUCGCGUGUGAGUAGUAUUAAUUUAACAAUGUUGGACGCUAAGAAAAAACGUGGCCUACAAACGGAAGGCGCUAAUUAUGAUUAUAUGCCGGAUUAUGGAUUAUUUGAGGCAUCACGUAUUGCAUGUCCUGUAUUGCCGCAAUAUCAUCCAAAGCAAUUGAUGGAAUUAUUGAAUUCGGGUAAAAUUCGAUGGGUUAAAGCGAUAUUGGCACAUUUGGUGAGAUGUAUAGCGAGUUCGUGUACAAUACGUGCGGAUGAUGAGAAUUUAAUGAAACAACGUAGUGGUUGGUCGAGAUCGAGGACAAUGUCAGUGAGUUAUGUUGGUACAACAUCGCCAUUGGAACCAAGGGGUUCAACAACACAAAUACCCGAGGAAUUGACAUUGGAUUAUGCGGAGAUAACGUCGAUAUCACCAUUGCCAUUGUGGACAUUGUUGAUAGCUGAUAAGGAGACGAAUACAAUAAUACAACAAAAGGAGGAUAAACAGGAUUAUAAUGAAUUGUUUGAUGGUAAUGUUGAUGAGGGUGAUUCAUUGGACGAUAUGCUCGAUGAUGAUUAUGAUUCAUCGCGACAAAAAGAUAGGAGAUCAUCGGUACCGGAGCGUCAAGGAAUUUCUCAUUUUGGUCCAAGGCAGGGACGACUGUUGUCACGUCUAUUGACACAUACACAUUUACCUGGUUUAUCGAGUUUGGAUCAAAUGCAUUUGCUUGCAUUGGCCGAUACUGUGUCAACGUGUAAUGUUGAUUUUGCCGAACGUUUUGCAAUUGAUGCGGCUAAAAAUGCAAUUGCAAAGGAAAAUUUAACGGGUAUACCUGAUGGUGAAGCUGUAUCGACAGAUUCAUUAGAUGAUUGUGGUCUUCGUUUUCUUUUGGCAAUGAAGCACUAUAAUUAUUUAAUUCGUUGUUUGCCAAUGUCACAGAGAGCACAAUUUCAAAAACAAGGUGUUUCAUCGAAUAAUCUUGUUUGGGCAUUUCAUUCAGAAUCGGAGGAGGAAUUAUUGGGAUUGAUACCGUCUUAUGCUAAGGGACAACCAAAAUGGAUGAUAUUAAAAGAAUUGGGCGUUGGAUGGUGGAUUAGAAGUAAUGCAGUGUUAAAAACAUGUAUUGAAAAAGUUGCUAAAGCUGCUUUUCAACAAAAACAAGAUCCAUUGGAUGCUGCUAUUUAUUAUUUGGCAAUGAAAAAGAAAAAUUUAGUUUGGGGUUUAUUUAGAAAUCAAAAAGAUGAUAGAAUGACGGCAUUUUUUGCGAAUAAUUUCACUGAGGAUAGAUGGCGAAAGGCGGCAUUGAAGAAUGCAUUUGCAUUACUUGGUAAACAGAGAUUUGAACAUGCGGCGGCUUUCUUUUUAUUGGCCGGUGCAUUGAAAGAUGCAAUUGAUGUGUGUUUAAAUAAAUUAAAUGAUAUUCAAUUGGCAAUGGUAAUUGCAAGACUCUAUGAGGAUGAUACAACAUCGCCAAAUUUAAAGAGAUUAUUAUUUGAGGAAAUUUUAGGCUGUGACAAAGAGGGUAAUAAUCAGGAUAUGAGUAAAUUUCAUCCAGAUCCAUUUUUACGUAGUAUGGCAUUGUGGAUUCUUAAGGAUUAUUCGGGUUCGCUUAAUACUUUAUUGUUGACGAAUGUUGGAACAAUGCAUCCGCAAUAUAAUGACGAAUCAGAGAAACCUGAGGGAACAACAGCGAAUCCAAAUGUUUUUAAUUUCUAUGUGUAUUUAAGAACACAUCCGCUAUUGAUUAGACAGUAUAUUGCAUCGACUGCACAGGAUAGAAAGAAGGGACAUUCGGUGGUGAUUUCGGGUUUUAGCUAUGGUACAGAAUCAAAAGGACAGCCUGAUAAACAAUUAACGUUGGAGGAUAGUAUUACACCAUUGGAGAGACAACUUUAUUUUACAACAGCACAUGCACAUUUUAAAGCUGGAUGUCCUGCUCUUGCACUUGAAGUUUUAUCGAAAUUACCCAGUAAAGUUAUGGAUUCAAAUUGUGAAGAUUCGCCGAGUCUUCUUAAUAGUCCGGUUAAAUCGAGAGCUCAAGAUUUGCAAAUUGAUACGGGAAUUAUUAGUUGGGGUGGUUCAAAAGCGCCGGAAAUUAAGCAGGAGUCAUCGACGGCCUUUGAUUGGUCACAGCCGGAGGUUAAAAAGAGUGAUGAAUUGGUUUUGGAUUGGGGAAAUGAUGAUGAUGAUAAUGAAGAUGGUGAGAGUCCACCUUUGAGUAUGAAUUUUGAUAAAAAGGAAAAGAAAAUCGAAAUUGAGAAAGAUAAGGAAGAGGAAGUUAAGACAAAUGGAUCAUUGGAUAUAAUGGCACAGCAAUUGAAAUUUGUUGCGUGUCUUAAGAUUCUUAUGGAGGAAUUAUCAACUUUGGCAACGGGUUUUGAAGUUGAUGGUGGACAAUUGCGAUAUCAACUUUAUGUAUGGCUGGAAAGAGAAGUCGAUGCUUUGAAGCAACUUUGUAAUUAUAGCGCCAACACUGAUGGUGAUACAAUUAAUUCCUCGGAAUAUGAAGGUGGAAUGGUGGAUGAUGUUCCACCUUAUAGACCUGGUGAACAGCCGACGUUACAUGAAAUUUUACUCUCUGAGAAACUUGAUUUUGAAGCAAAAGUUCAACGGGCAGCGAAAAGAAAAAAAUGGCUUAAAGCUAAUGAAACAUUACUCAGAACACUUUUGUCUUAUUGUUCAUUGCAUGGAGCAUCGGGUGGUGGAUUAGCGUCAGUGAGAAUGGAAUUACUUUUGUUGCUUCAGGAACUUCAACAGGAAAAAACGCAACAACAAUUGUUGAGUCCUCUUCCCUUUCCAACAACACUGCCAUUACUCAGUGCAAGUGUAGCUUGCAAUAAGACUGUCAUUGCUGAUCCAGUUCGUCAUUUACAGUCUUUGACUCAUGAUAUGCUGCAAACAUUGGUGGAAUUGAGAAAUACUCCAAUGCCUCAUAAAAACACUCAUUACUGUGAAGUUUUUAUCAUGAGAGAUCUUGCCGUAGCUCUCAGUGCCUGCAUCUAUCAAUCUCUCUGUGAUUCCGAUACAUUUGUCAUGAAACAUCAUCAGUUCGAUAACAGCUUUCCGGCGUCCUCGGAAGUAGAACCAUUCUCAGGUGGUCAUUUGGUGGCGUCAAAUAAAUAUCAUCGUCGUUAUUCCACGGAAGAUGGAAUUGUAAUAACAACAUCGCCGACAAAAUGGCCCGGUGUAACAAGUUUACGAGCACUUUUGGCACGUGAAAAAGAUGAAGAUACACCAAAAUUAAAUAUUCUUUUGUCCGAGGCAUUUGUUGCGACUUACAUGAGUCUUUUUGUUUAUGCUCUGUCGAGCUGUGACAGUCAUAUUUUAUAUCGAUUGGUGGGUCAAAAAUUUGACAAUAACACGUGGUCAACACUUUUUGGUGGUGGUGUUAAGAAACUUUUACGUGUCGCAAGCACUGGAGCACAAUCAUCUGGAACACCGGUGGUCGAACGAACUGAGAGUAUCAGUGAAAUUCAAACUGCAACUGGCAUGUGGAAUACAAUGACAUCAUUGACGAAACAACGAAUGAAAUUAAAUAUGAAACUUCUUGGACAAUUCACGGGACAACAGCCAAAUAUGAAGGAGGAUAAGCCAACAUAUCGUGAACAAUUUGUCUCGCCGCUAAUGAGUAUGAUAUCAUAUUUUCUUAUAAAGCCGAGAAUCGAGAACGAGUACGCUGAUGAAAUUGAUUAUGACUCAUCGGAUUCGGCGGUAUCGGAUCUCGAUUCAUCGGAGGAUGAGGAAGACGUUUUUGAUACGAAUGCAAAACCAAAGAGUAAACCAAAGGAUAAUACCGAGCACUCGAAUCCUAAUUCGUACAGCUGGAGUAUUCUAAGAUUAGCCAUUGUUCGAAUUCUACAGCAGCAAAUGCAAGACUUCUUGAAUAUCGCAGGAAUUGAAAUGCAAGAAUUGCCAGUGUGUAGUCCAUUGAUUCAUGGAACAUUAGGGAUCGUAGCUCAAUGGCAAGAGUCAUUACGUGAGGAACUCGAUUCUAAAGGACCGCCAUCAGCGAAUUUUAUUCCUGGUUGCGCUCCCGAUCCUGCGCCUACGCCUGGAAAACCUGCAAUUCAUAAAUAUCGAUCACUUUUAGAAAAAGGAAAUACACCAUUCAAUACUCGAUUAUCAGCUGCAGCUUCAGUGAAUCGUUUAUGGUGUUAUUUGGUGAGACAAGAGGCUGUGCAGGAUAUAUUUAUUAGAUCAGUAUUUGGUAAAAGAAGAUCACUAUCAGCGUUAUUAGAUUCUAAUCAAAGUGGAGUAGAUAAUCUUAAUCGAGGAUCAGGAACUGGAGAAGACAAAGGAAGCGACAGUGGUACGACCAGUUUGCCAGAGCCUGUUAGAAUUAUUCACAAGGAACAAGACAGCAUUAGUGCCUUUUGUUUAAAUCAGGUAAACGCAGGACUGAUGGCCUUGGCAACUCCACGAGAGGUGCAAGAAAUGGACAUAUCGCUACUUCUUGAACUACCUUCGUGGUUGGAAGAUGAAUGCGAAUUUGAUUUAAUUAAUCUUAAUAAGCAACCUGAUCCAGAACCUCUUCAGCCCACUAGUUUUCUAGUCAUACAGACGGCAGCCGAUAGACCUCUACUUGCACAAAGUCCGCAGCAAAAUAGUCCACAACCACAGUCAGGCAUAGCUAGUCAAAGCGGACGAGGCGCAAGUGUGAUGAAGGGGAUGCCCGCUUUUCCUGGCUCCCACGAUCUUCGUUUCUGUCAGUUUGUCGCUGAUAGGAGUAAACACUUAUUGAAGCCGAUCUUGAAACAUAAAAUUGAUGGUAUUAGAAGAGUCUCUUCACAUCCGCUGUUACCGCUGUACUUAACAGGAUCUCAAGAUGGAUCAGUGUCAUUGUGGGAAUGGGGUCAUCAAACUGCAGUCGCAACCCCAAGACCAUCGGGCACUUUUGCAAAAGUCACUCGAGUGCGUUUCUCUCAACAUGGAAACAAAUUUGGAGUCGCCGAUUCAGACGGACAUCUCAGUUUGUUCCAAGUGGCUUGUAGAGACGGAACGGCAAGACCUUUCUUCAAUUAUCAGUGUCAUAGUAAAGUCACAGCCGAUUUUGUCUUCCUUGGAGCGUGUAGUCUUGUUGCCACUGCUGGUCAUGGCUCUGAAGGACGAAACGUUGCUCUCUGGGAUACUCUACUUCCACAAAAUAAAUCCCAAGUACAAGGAUUUGUGUGUCACGAUCAGGGAGCGAGUUCAGUGAUAUUAGCCCCACAGCAUCAGCUGUUGAUCAGCGGUGGGAAAAAGGGCGAUAUCAAUAUUUUUGACGUUAGACAAAGGCAACAACGUCACAGAUUUCAAGCUCAUGAGUCUGCGAUUAAGUGCUUGGCACUUGAUCCACACGAAGAGUUUUUUGUUAGCGGUGCCGGAGAUGGUGAUAUAAAAGUGUGGGGUCUAACCGUCCAUUCUCUUCUUUACUCAUUUCCUGGAGAACAUCCUAGAUCUAGCUUUUUCAAGAAUAUAGGCCAAGGCGUUACUCAAUUACACGUGGAUUCAGCAGGUCGUCUAUUUUCCUGUGGGGCGGACGGUUCAAUGAAAGUACGCCAAUUACCAGAACGGGACUGUAUAAUUCAGAACUAUUAUUAGAAAUUAAAGGAUAUUUAAUAAUGAGACACGGAAAUAAUGUAAGUAAGCCAGAGCAACUGCUACGAUAUCUUAAAAAAAAAACUAAAAAAAAAAAACGCAAAAUGGCCUUUGAUACGUGAGGUUAUAAUCGUAAAAGGGAACGAAGGAACAAAACCAAAAAAAAGUCGACACAAUCUUGAAAGUAUACUUGAAAAUUAGAAAAAAAAUAUUUACAAAAAAAAAAUAUGACUCGUUAGGGCAAAACACGAUUAACUAGUUCCCACGAAAAAAAAAUUACGCCUUUGACGAUGACAAUGAAAAAAAAAAAAACCGAGAAUUAUUCAUCUAUUUUUCAAAAAAAAAAAAAAAAAGAUAAAAAGCACUGCCAACGUCUUUAAAAACUAUCGUGUAAUACGGAAGAACAAAAAAAAAAAACUCAAUUGGCUAAUUUGCUUUCUUUUUGCAAAAAAAAUCUCUACGUACACAUUGAAUAAUUAAUUACUGAUCCUAUAUUUAAGUAAUCACUAAGUAAUUAAUUAUGACACUUAUUAAAUAGACGUUGAUUUUUCAAAAACAAUUUAAUUUCAAAUCGAAAAAUCUCUUUUUCAAAAAAAAAAAAAUCGAUAUUAAUAAAUUUGCGACAGUAUUCGCAAUUUUCAAAAACAGUGACAAUUUUCAUAAAAAUCUUUUAUAUAAAAAAAACAAAUUCUUUAUUCUUAGACGUAAAAAAUUGUCUUCUUCAAAAUUUAUCUUCAAAUAAAAAACUGUCGUGUAAAAAUUUUUAGAAAAAAAAAAUACGUAAUUUAAAAGAAAAUUAAAAUAAACUUUUUCCUCUAAAAGUGAAAUUUUUGUGUGAAUAUUUUAAUGAGAAAAAAAAAUUGCUUUUUUCUUGUAAAAAUUUACUUCUUUUUUUUUAACUUAAUCCGUGUUACCGAAGCUUUUUCGAAAAGUAGCUUUCUUAACUGACAAUAUCUUUAAUCGCUAUCGUAUCUACUAAAUAAUAUCUCCUCUGAAGCCUAUUUCAUAAUUGUAUUAUAUCAAGAAAAAAAAAUUAUAAUAAUAAUCUUAAACGUCAGUUUAAUUAUGUCCUAAUAAUAGUCUAAUCUUGAAGAAAAAGAAGAAAAAAAAAUAAAGGGAAAAAAAAUUGACGUCGAAUCUCUAACGAUGCUACUCGUUUAUUAUAAUAUCAAUUUCUCUCAAACAUCUUUGGAGAUAUCUUUAUACGUCUUAUUACGAAUUUAUUAAAUUUAUUCCAUUUUCAAGAAUCGUCAUUCAUAUAAUGUUUGUUAUAUAUAUAUAUAAAUAUAAAAAAAAAUUAUUGUCACGUAGUCUAUUUGUGUUUUGUAAAUACUUAAUUAUAAAAAGAAAAAGAAAAAGACCGAACCGAAAUAGCAAAUUAUAUCAACUGAGAUACCUCUCGUUGUUUUUAAGUCGAAGCGAAUUAAUUGUUAUUAAUUAUAACCUGGUUGACAUUUUCUGAUUUUAUAUAUAUAUACACAUAUAUUUAUUGUCAAAUUUAUUUUCUUAUUAAUCUGAUAUGGAUAAGAAUUUUUUAAUGUUGUCCUUGUGAAAUUUUUUUUUUUUUAAUCAUUAUUGAAUGAAGAUAAUUUUAAAAAAAUGGAUCUUUUGAUCUCUAAAUUAUAGACGCAUGAAUAUUUAUAAAAAUAUUUUACUCUCGAUUUUUAUUAGAUCAAAUUUUAAUAAGGUCGAAAAUUUAUUUUCUUACAUUUUUCAAAAAGAUGUAAAAUUUUCAUUUAACAGAAUUUUUAUUUACAUUUUUAUUAAAUUUUUUUAUUUUCUAUAAUGUAGCAAAUAAAAUAGAAAUUCUUUCAUUUAAACAUUUUAAAUUAAAUUCAACUUCGGCCUAAAUUGAAAUUUUCUUAAAUGAAAAAAUUACGUAACAAUUUUUAAGGUUUGAGAAUUUAUUAUAAAAAGGGAAUAAAUAUAAAUUUAAUUUUAGUUUUAUAAAAUUUAAUCCACUGGAAAUUUGAAAUAAUUAUUUGAAAAUAUUCAUGCAAAUCCCAUAAAUUAAUUUUUUUCAGUAGCUUUUAAAAUUUUUAAAUUUAAAUACAACUAUUUUCCCGAUUUUGUACUUGCAAUAAUAGUUUUUCGAUUUAAAAAAAAAAAAAAAAUGAAAUUACAAACCGGACGGUAAAUAUUUUCCAAUAAGAAUGUAAAAUUCAAAGCAAAAAAAAAAUUGAAAUAAUUUCCAAAAAAUCUCAAUUUCUAAUCAAAAUUUCAAGUACGAAAAGAAGGAAAAUUUCAAUUCAAAAAUUAUAAUUUUUAACUUAUCAAUUUAAUUGAAUAAUAUAUUGUUAUUGUUUUUAUUGCACGAAUAUCUGGAAAAACAAUUAAUUUCGAAAAUUCGAAAUAAAUAUUAAAUUAAUAUAAAAAAUUGUUAUCACUCUAUUGUUAAAAAAAAAAUAUAUAUAUAUAUAUACAAAAAAAAUUAUUACAAAAUGCUACUAAAAUGUAUACAUGUGAUGCCGAGUUGAUAAAGAAAAAAAAAAACCAAAUUAUUUCGAUGAAACUUUUACAGCCAUAACUUUGUCAAAAAAAAUUCAAGAUAUAUUCGAAAUUAGUUGACAAAAAAAAAAAAAAUUGUCAAAAAUUUUUUCAUGAAUCACUUGAAAUUUGUUGAACGAAAAACAAAAAAAAAGUCGAAACGAAAUAAUAAAACCACAGUCUCAUCAGUACUUGAUCGUGAUUCACUGCUUUAAUAUUUAGACAAUAUAAAAUUAUUAUUAUUAUAAAACAUGAAGAUAGUUGCAAAUUAAACAGACAAAUAAAAAAAAAACAA